CGUUGAAAUCGUUGAUAUACAACAAAAGAUUCGUUACAAUUUCCUUAUUAAAAACCGAUUCUACUUAGUGCCGUUUGUGUCUUUUUGUGUAAAUGUUUUAAUGCCCAUUACGACAAAACAAAUAUAUGAUUGUUCGUAAAAUCAGUGAAUAAGUGCUCGACAAUAUUUAUCCGUGUUUUAUUCUAUUUUUCAUUUUUUAAACAAUGGAAAGCCAAAAAGCAUCAAACAACAGCCUUCGAUUCGAAACACCUCCAAAAUCGACUGUCAGCCGGAGAAAUUAUCCUCAGAACUGCACCUUAGAAAAUCAGCAACAACAGUCGGACGUUUCAUCUCCGAGGCUACAGAACUCCGACUCCGGUAAAAGCAGACGCUUCAUUAGACGUGACCAGCUGCCUCGGGCUAUUUGCACAACCAGCAAAAAAAGUGUCCUGUUUCGACGUCGUAGGCUAGCUGAUGAUGAGACACCAGCACACAAAAAGGCUGCAGCGGGAGGAUUGAAGCCGUGUAACGUUUUCUCUCCACUUAACAAACUAAAAACACUCCAGCUAACAAAUUCUGGCUCCGACUGGCGCAGCUUUUUUCGUAACUCAUUCGAAGUUAACCAGAGUUUUCCGCGACUUCCGAAGAUUCGAGCGCGAUGUGAAGAUCCCCACGUCUUUUUGAGUACCCCGCUUCGGUUGUACCGGAGCCCAGUUGUCUCCAGGAGAACCCAAAAUAAAGCAGCCGUAUUAACCCCGGCCAUGGAUCGCGUUCGAGUGGAUGGUGCCAAUGGAUUGCGAUUUACUGCAUUCCGUCCUAAAGGUUGCAUCUCCCAUGGGGUCAACUCUCCGUACAAUAACUCGUACGUGGCCUCUACGUCGGAAUCGAUCAAUCGGCUGCCAAAAACUGGCAUUAAUCCCAACAAAGCAGUCUUCACGAUCGACGCAAAAACAUCACAGAUAUUGAUUGUCAAUCGAAAUGCCUGCGAUUUGCUAAGAUAUAGUUCAAAGGAAUUGUGCGAAAUGCAGUUCGCUAGUCUACUGCCAAACAAGAAUAAAAUGCAUGUGUCUGCGUUGGCCGAAGGUCAACUCAACAGCGAGGACGGAACCGUGAUCAUACUUAGUGGAAAGGUUGUAGAACUAUGCACAAAAACCGGUGAACAUGUAGCCGUUUCCCUGUGGGUAAGACAAAUUGACAACGAAUCUCGCUGUCUUGCAGUGGCAGAGCCAGUGGAAAGGCGGGUCGCACAAUUGUUAGUAGAUAAAAGUGGCUACGUGAUUUCCGGUGAUUAUGAAGCUCUUCUGUUGUUCCAACUUGAUUCUUUGGAAAAGUUCAGCGGAAUGGAUGUUGCUCGCCUAAUACCAGCAAUUCAACUACCGGAUGUCGACAGUAGUAUGAUUGCGAAACACAUCCGGAAACAGAAAGCAACUGGAAAAACGGCAGAAGGAGUUGCCUUUCCGCUGUGCCUAAUGAUUGCUCAUCACGAUCCUUCCGUAGCAUCGGAUACUACCGAUAGCGGGCUAUCGAAUCCGAACCAGUUAUUUGUGAUUACCAUAUGGGUUUUCACCAAUCUGUCCGGGUUGAUCGUGAUUGAUGAAAACUCUAUUAUCGAAUCGUGCAAUCAUCAUUUCUCGAUGUUGAUGUUUGGCUACCCACAAAACAAAAUUAUUGGAGAACAUAUAAGCAAACUGUUACCGAAUUUUGGUCAAGAAUGCGACUAUCUUGGGUUUAUGAAUCGUAGCCGAAAUGCGACGCUCUCCUCGCUCGAUAAUGACGAGUCAGAAACGGAGACAGAUCAUGUGGAUUUUGAAAAUAAGGAUGAAUUUAUACACAAUGCUAUCAACAAUAUGAAAUGUGCUUCAGAAGGGAUAAGUAGUCCAGUUGUUGAAACUAGAAAGGUUUGUCUAGACUUUACAGCGACGUCCACUAGUAGUAAUCGUUCAGAUAACAACUUAAACAAUAAGUCUAUUUCACUGGUAAGCGAAUCUCAACAACAAAAACAUUCUAUACCGGACGAUGCAGGCAAAACAAAUUCAAAAGAAUCGAACGAAUCCACUGGCCUAUUCAGUGCGAUAGUGGUUACCUCUGCUCCAGAAAAUCUCCUAUAUUUGGAAAGUGAUAGUGAAAAUGAUCGGAACUUCGCAAAUUCGACCAACUGUAAUGUCCAGAAAUCAGUGCCAAUUGCGCAAAUAGCACCGGCAGUAGCAAGCACAAAGGAGGCUCUGAUUAGGCCCCCUGCACUUGAGGAUUGCUCCAACUUGCUGGAUUGUGAACUACUUACGCCUGUUAAUGACACGUCCAAGAGUUUGAACAUGCUAAGCAGCUCAAAAGAAAUUGAGAAAAAUAACACCUCCAAUAGUAGUUUCUCGAAAGAUCAUUUGUACACCACAGAAGAUAUUAACGCAGGUCUGCUCAAAAAUUCGUCAAGUCGAGACUAUUCUGCAUCGCUUAGUGCUCCUCCGACCGCUACAACGCCCCGCUAUGUAAAACCUUACGAAUUAUCGAAAGCUAUGGUUACUUCUACGCCCGAUCAGAACAAGCGUCACUCGGUUCCGGCUGUAAUCUCCAAUGCUGCACAAACAGUCCACCGCAAAGCAACCUACAUGGAUGGCAAAUAUCGCGGAGAGGCGAUUCACUACGACGGGAAUGUGAUUGACAUUCUGUACACCAUAUCCAAUCACAUGUUGCCAUGUGGCAGGAAGGUGUACUGUAUCUGGGUCAGCCGUGAUCCUGAUUCAUCGUACAAUAAUCUCGAGGACGAGGAAGAUAAACAUCAAAAUCUUACGCUUACGUUCAACAGCAUCACUAGCACAAUCGACAACUCGCUUGGGCAGGCAAUCAAAAAUACUGCAGCAGCAGCCCAGCAAUCAACGGAUCGUCCCAAUUCGGCGUCCAGAAUGUCACAAUGUGAUGAAGAUUUAACACAUGGCGAUUACAGUAAGUUUUACACUUUGGUGAAGCACAUCGGUAAGGGCGCAUACGGGUAUGUGAAGCUGAGUUACCGCAAUUCGGAUAGAUUGCUGGUGAUAUCGAAAUUUAUUCUGAAGGAUAAAUUGGUUCCGCAAUUUAUGAUAUCAACAGAGGAUAAGCGAGAGAUCCCAAUGGAAGUGUACCUGUUGAUGCAUGUGAAGCAUCCGAAUAUUGUCAACAUGUUCGACUGGUUCGAAAACGACAAGUUCUUUCAGGUGGUGAUGGAAAUUCAUGGAUCAGGAAUGGAUCUGUUUGAGUUCAUCGAUCGAAGGCCAGUGAUUACGGAAAAACUAGCAUGUUUCAUCUUCCGCCAAAUUGCGAACGCUGUUGCCUUUCUACAUUCACUCAACAUUCUGCAUCGGGAUAUAAAGGAUGAAAAUGUGAUAAUUGACCACAACUUUCAUAUCAAGCUAAUCGAUUUUGGGUCGGCCACCUUCAUGCAAGAGGGUCAGCUAUUCUCUACGUUCUACGGUACAACUGAGUACUGUAGUCCGGAAGUGCUUGCUGGUAAUCGGUAUUCCGGUCCCGAACUGGAGAUGUGGGCUUUAGGUGUGACGUUGUACGUGUUGAUGUUCUUCGAGAAUCCAUUUGUGGAUGUUGAGGAAAUUCUACAGUCUGAGUUAAUUAUUCCCCAUGAGAUAAGUGAGGAAUUAGAAUACGUUCUGCUCUCGUUGUUAGAUAAAAAUCCGAAAACACGAAUCACUAUCAAGGAUCUGCUUGAAACCGAGUGGAUGGUACAAGAAAUCAACUCUAGUCAAUUUAAUUUUGCCAAGAUUGUUCCAUGUGAACCCAACGAGACAAAUCCUGAGAAGUACUAUAUGGACCCAAACGUGUGCUCCAGCCAGACGGGUCUGUCAACUUCACCGCAUAGCCUUUCACUGGUGGACGACGUAGAUGGGGAAGAUGAAGACGAACAUGCACACAUGGACGAUUCGUUUAUCAUCGAUCCAGACGAAAUGCUAGACGACGACAUCUGCCCGCUGUCGCAUGAUGAUGAGAUGCCACAGGACAGAAGCGGUGACCAGCUCCUGUCGACCGGGCUCACAAGUCUAUCAUUGAAAGAGCCAGAUGGAACGUGCGUUAGUCUGGUGGAUACUACCCAUGCAAUCCAUCCAUCAGGUAAUAAAACGAUUUCCGGCAGUUCUGUGUCCUACUAUCCAGGCAGUGGUAUUGGUAACCCUUUGUUUGUAACGUCCUUACCGUCGUCUUCUGCUGACUUCGUCCCAGCACCUGUAUCUAGCAGCAGUAAACCCGAUCAUUACGGUUCUUUCCUAUCGACAGCAAAUGCUUCCACUUCCCGUAAUAUCUCACCCAAUUUAUUAACCAAUAAUUCUACUUCUUCUACAAAAAUCUCCGCUAGCAUUAGUAAUAGUAGUACCGCUACCACUAGCGCAGUUAGUAUUAGUAAUAACAGGAUACAACUAGUUGAAGGUGACACUGGUAGUAAUAAUAGUAAUAGUAGUGUAGCCAUGCAGGCCGCACGCUCACUUCCUCUGCGACCUACCUACCACAAUCUAUCGACUACGGUCGUUACGAGACAUUCGUUCUGUGACGUAGAUUGUCUCGCGGCACCUCCUGUCAAUUGUACCUACUCAGUGUUGAAUAGCAGCAGCAGCGCAAACACGAUCAGUAGUUUAAAUCUAGACGAGGACAGCAGUAGUACUUUAAAUACUCCGACAACCUGCUCAUCCUACUCUGCUGCUGCCGUAGCUACUGCGGGUUCAAUACAAGCAGCUGCGGGCAUAAGCGAGGGUGCUGGAACAUCAUCGGAAAUUCCGUUACUACCGUCCACUCUGUCACCCCUCCUGCAGCAUAGGAUUAUUUUCAGAGACGAAUCACCACAAUAUCUGCUGGACACGUUUUAUCAAUAUGCCGCUUCGUCAUCUUCAACCAGUCCGUGUAGUUCACUAACCUCAUCUAAAUCUGAAAAUAAUAUCUUCGACGGAACGUUCGCUACGUUUAACUCAAUCUACGAUGUGGUUAGUCUGCACGAUGUCAGCGAUACUAGUGGGGGUACUUCUGGUCUACAGUUUCCAGCCUAUGCAAUGAACGAUCUGUCUAAACCACACGUUCUAAACAAUUUGUCUAGUGCUGACCUUGAUAUGCGGUUAGAGAGAAAGUAGUGCGAAUAAUUAAACUAGUUACCACUAAGGUAUGAUGCAGCUUAACUGAGUUAAUGUGACGGGCACUGCUAUCAGGAGCUGGUCUCUUGAGUUUAUUUCGGUUGUCGCGUAAAUGCUUGUUCCGGUGGAGAUCUAGAAUAACAUACAUAUUAUGAUCAGAUUUUAAGCGCAUUGUAGAAGCAUCACUUCCUGCAUGAGGUACAAUUUCGUAUGAGUGCACAAUUUUGAUCCUGUGCAUUAUUUAGCGUACGUGGCACUUUAACUUCACGCGAAUAGAAAACUACAGACAAAUUUGUUUUUAAAGUUCCUACACUGGACUACUAUCAGAAUCGGAUCGAUUAAGCUAUUUUAGCAACUAGACAAUCUAUCGUUGUUUUACCCGGACUAGCAAGGCUAAACAAAAUCGAAUGAUGUUUAAAAAUAUUGCAUCCCUAAUCUAUGUUUAUCGAUUUUUCUAGACCCCCUAGUCAAAUCGCUUUCCACUAUUUAAUGAACAGAAAGAAAACGAAAAUUUUGGUUUUCAAAAUAAUACCAUAAGAGUACAUAGGUAAAUAUUUCCAUAGCUAUUACAUUAAUACGUGCAACUCUAUAAGGCAUGGAUAGGGAAGUUCCAAUAUUGCUUCGAUGUUUACAAUACCCAACUGCGAUGAGGAAUAUAAACCACGUUUUCAAUCACCAGAUUAUUUAACUAAGGGAAGAAUAUGAAAUAAUUUCUCAGCACCACAGUCAUGUAGUAACAAAAAUAGCAUUGAAAAGUCUUGUUAAUAACCAAUAGCUGAUACACUCUUAAAUCAAUCCAAAUAAAUGGACAGCAGUUAUAGAAAUAUCACCUAAUCACAAAUGUUCAAAUAACCGAUCAAUGUCAUUGUCAAUGUACUUAGGAAAAGUGCGAAGCUACCCUUAGUCUUAGCUAACCAAGAAACCCUUUAGUAUAGACUACCUUUAGUUGCCGAAGUCAUUUGUUUUUGUCUUUUCAAUCGUGUAUGUAUCAUGCAAAUCUGUCAUAGUUUUACCCCUAUACUUUGAUUUCAUAAUCAAAAUCAUUGGAUUUUUUCGAAAUUAAUGACAGCUUUUUUCUUCUCGUUUCUUUUUUUGUGCUUUUUCUUUCUGCUAUUUUUUGCGCUCUGUGGCAAUUAUUUGCUUUUUUGGUUUUUCUUUUGUUCUUCUUUUUUCGACACGUAUCUCUUUCCAGAAACACUAGAUAAUUGUGAUACGGAAAGUGAAAUUAUACUGGUAGUAUUGGACGACGAUGAUGACGACGUAGACGGAAGCGGUCGUUCAGCGGUCGAAAAGACUAAUGUUCUAUCCAGUAGAAGAACAGAGAGUUCGUACAGUU